CUGAUGCCGUUAUGCUGCCUGCCUCCUGUCCUGCCAGCUGCACUUCAUUCUCGGAUGCUGAUGUUCAUCCCGAAACACCAAUGAAGCAAUGCAAAAAGUGCUUUUUACUUUUUUGAGCGCAGGCGAAGCAUAGGAUAAAACCAACAUAAACCAAGUUGUCGGCACAUCAAAAGUUGGUGUAGUUUUGAACUGGGUGAGAGAUCAUCCGUGAAAGUCUCUUCUCAGUAGCAGCAUGACCUCUCCACCUCACAGUACAGCGACGGAGUCUUCGUGGACUAUUGGACCUACAGAACUGGGGAUGAGCGACGGUCUGCACAUGCGAAAUGACAGCGUGUGGUUCGGCAGGAGUCCCUCGGCGCCCGCCGAGCCGGCAGUGAUCACUCAACGCCAGGCAUCUCACCUCCAUCCCCGCAUGUCCGUGUACAGCGCCACCCGUCCCAUUCUCUCUAGAUCCUACUUUCAAGGACGUGUAUAUAAUUUUUUGGAGAGACCAUCAGGUUGGAAAUGCUUUGUGUAUCAUUUUACAGUAUUUCUUAUUGUGCUUUCUUGCCUGAUCCUCAGUGUGCUGUCCACCAUUGAUGAGUAUCAGACACUGGCUAAUAAAACACUAUUCUGGGUGGAAUUAAUACUGGUAGUGUUCUUUGGUGUCGAGUAUGUGGUACGUCUGUGGUCAGCUGGAUGCAGGAGUAAAUAUGUGGGAAUUCUGGGCAGGCUUCGCUUUGCCCGAAAGCCCAUUUCUGUUAUUGACCUGAUUGUGGUAGUGGCCUCCAUUGUUGUACUGGCAUUUGGCUCUAAAGGUCAGGUUUUUGCCACCUCUACUGUCAGAGGAGUCCGCUUUCUUCAAAUCCUGCGAAUGCUGCAUGUGGAUCGACAAGGAGGAACCUGGCGGCUGCUUGGAUCGGUAGUCUUCAUUCAUCGGCAGGAACUGAUCACAACUCUUUAUAUCGGAUUCCUUGGGCUCAUCUUCUCUUCCUACUUCGUGUAUCUGGCAGAGAAGGAUGCAGUGGAUGAUAGUGGUUUCACAGAGUUUAGCAGCUAUGCAGAUGCUCUGUGGUGGGGUGUGGUGACAGUAACCACUAUUGGCUACGGAGACAAGGUCCCCCAGACUUGGAUAGGGAAGACCAUUGCAUCAUGUUUCUCUGUCUUUGCCAUCUCCUUUUUUGCCCUCCCUGCUGGAAUCCUAGGCUCCGGUUUUGCUCUGAAGGUGCAGCAGAAACAGAGACAAAAACAUUUCAACAGGCAAAUUCCCGCAGCUGCAUGUCUGAUACAGGCAUCCUGGAGGUGUUUUGCCCUAGAGAACCGUGAUUCGGCCACCUAUAAGUUAUUUGUGAAAAGGAACAUGAGAAGCUCAGUGUCCAGCCCUAAAUUAAAGGUGAAGAUGAGGAAGAAAAUGAAGAGCAAUGAAAGGGAUGAUGGACUGAGUUCUCCCACCAUACCUUCCAUAACGUAUGACUCCUUAGAUGAUGGGAAGGACGGUGGACCAGAUACAGUGUGCAGUAUUCAACAGUCAGAAGGGGCUAACACACACAGAGGAUGUGAGCGGGUGCCAUCCUGGAACUCUCUAUCCUCUUUCCAGUUCCCUACACCACCAGGGAGAAAGCCUGGGAUUUUGGAAGUGCAGCCUCGGCCCACGCUCCAGAGGAGCAGCAGCAUUGCAGAUGAUAUGGAAACCGAGCUGGAGCGAGAGAUAUCGCUUGUUCCAGUCACUCAUGUGUCUCAGUUGCGGGAUUCCCACCGAGCUGCCAUUCGUGUGAUCCAGAGAAUGUUCUACUUUGUAGCCAGAAAGAAUUUCCAGCAAGCACGUAAACCGUAUGAUGUGAGGGAUGUCAUUGAGCAGUAUUCACAGGGUCAUCUCAACCUCAUGGUGCGCAUCAAGGAGCUACAGAGAAGACUGGAUCAGUCCUUAGGGAAGCUGUCUUUCUUCCAGACAAGUUCAGAGCGCAUGAAAGACAAAGGCAUAAACACUAUUGGCUCCAGACUCAACAGGAUGGAAGAGAAGAUCACACACAUGGACAGGACACUGAACAGCGUCGCAGAAUCUCUUAACCUCAUGUUGGCAAGGGAGAGACGGGGAGAUCUGGCCAGAGGGAAGGAACUGCGCAGCAGCUUCCACCGCCAAUCAGCCACCUUCAGCCUCUCAAUGCCGAGCAGACAGGACAGCCUGACCAGCUCUGAGCAACUGUCCACACCAACUGUUAUUCAUGAGGACAGCUGAGAUGCUAAAGCAGCACUGAACCACAGAGCGCCUGACACUGGGUCUGUUUCAGACAGAAUUCAUAUAAGAGAUCAGUUUUGCUCAGGUUCAGCAUAGGCUGAUCUUGACUAAUCCUGUUCAUCUUUAGACAGUUGAAUUUCUUUUGAAGCAACAAGAUGUGUUCAUAUUUUUAGAAUACCAUUGUUUAAGUAUGAUUUUGAGUUUUUGUUUAUUCAGUUAUUUUCUUAUUAAAAUAAUACUUUUUGUGAGUGUUUGACUACUUCUGCUCCACACUCUUAAAAAUAAAGGUUCUAAAAGGGGGUUUUGCAGUGAUGCCAAGUACUAAUGGGUUCCCAAAGGAACCUUUUACUCAACAGUUCUUAAAAGAACCAUUUUCUUAUUGUGAAGAAUAUUUUAACUAUAAAGAAGUUUUUGUGCCGUGUAAAGUUUUCAUGGAUGCUAAAGAUUCUUCAUGGAACUAUAGAUGCCAAUAAAGAACCUUUAUUUUUAGGAGUACACAUGUGAACAUUGUGACCUUAUUUUGGAGGGUUAUGAAUUGCUGAAUGUUUUUAAAUGAUUUCUGUUGACAGGAACAAAAUGUGUGCUCUUUGCUCUUGAUUAUGAAUCACUAAUAAGCUUUUAGAGGCACACAAAUGUGUAAAUACUGCUUAACUUCAGCAGCAUAAAAACUUAGCUCUGUCCUCUCAAUCAUGUUUUAUGUAUAUUCAUUCACCAAUAUGAAUGUACUAGUUUUUGUACAAAAAAAAAAGAAAUACUGUAUCCUAGAAACACUACUGAUUCAAUUCCCCAGUAAAAUCCAAACUGUGAUUUUUAUGAAGUACUUUGUCAAAACUGCAACACUGACAAAAGUUCUAUCCUGAAUAAACAUCUUGAUUUUUUCUUUUU